UGCGUGGGCGGGCGUAGAGUGGUGACAUAAACGGAAGCUGGAACACAAAGUGAGCACAAGGAAUUCGUCAGCAGUGCAGGGUGCCCAUUCCUGGCCUUUGCUCAGGGUCCUGCCCGGUGGGGAACCGCGUGGUGCAGACCUGGGUGCGGAGGACACGGCGGGGUGUCGCGGGGACCUGAAACCUCCCGGAGCCGCAGUCUCCGCGCGGGCGGCCUGGGAAAGUCACAGUCACAGCGCAGUGGCGGGAACCGCAGCCCGGCGGCCCUGGAACCUCCCAGGGCUCACUGCCCACCCAGACCUGCUCACCUGUGCAGCAGAACAAAGUGACCUGGAAGGAGAGAGGAGACAGGAGCUAAGGAUCCAGGGAAGUGACCCUCUAUUGAUUGUUCCUGAAAGAGAAACUUAAAGAAGAGAAACAGUUAGAAAUGGCUGAUUCCACAGUAAACAUGUCGCAGGGUCUGUUGACAUUCAAGGACGUUACUGUGAACUUCUCAAAAGAAGAGUGGGAAUGCCUGGACUCUGCUCAGAGAUCUUUGUACAUUGAUGUGAUGUUGGAGAAUUACAGCAACCUGGUCUUUGUGGAGUACUAUUGCAAAUGUGAUCCUGACCAUCAACAUGUGAAGACUGAAAAGGAGUCUUAUCAAUGUAAUGAGCUUGGCAAAGUGCUUCAUGACCUCUCCACAUGUGCACUUUAUAGAACAGAAAACUCUAAUAACUACACAUGCAGUAGUCACAGAGAUGCCUCUAUUGACUCAGCAAACCUAAAUGGAUAUGAAAGCAUGCACACUGGAGAAGAACUUUGGAAAACUAAAGAUGGUGAGAAAUCUUUAAAUUUGUAUUCCAUCAUUACUCAAGAUCAGGGACUCUACACUGCAAAGAAAGAACACAGGCAGGGAGAAAAUGGUGACUCCUUUGCCUCUUUAUACAGUCUUUUGCAACAAGCAGUCUACAUUUUAGAGGCUCCACACCAAUGUGGGAAAUGUGGGAAAUGCUUCAAGACUGCUUCAAACCUCACUGAACAUGAGAGAAUUCAUGCUGGAUUUAAACCCUAUAAGUGCAUCGUUUGUGAAAAAUCCUUUACCCAGUCUUCAGGUCUUGAAAUUCAUCGGAGACUUCAUACUGGAGAGAGACCUUACAAAUGUGGGGUAUGUGACAAAUCCUUUACCUUGAAGUCAACCCUUAGAAGACAUCAGGACAUUCAUACUGGGGAGAAACCUUACAAAUGUAAGGAAUGUGACAAAUCCUUUACCCGGGACUCAACUCUUAGAAGACAUCAGAGUGUUCACACUGGAGAGAAACUUUAUAGAUGCAAGAAAUGUGACAAGUCUUAUACUAGCUGCUCGUAUCUUAGAGCACAUCAGAAAACUCAUACUGGAGAGAAACUUUACAAAUGCAAAGACUGUGACAUAUCCUUUAUCCAUAUUACAAGUCUUAGAACACAUCAAAGAGUUCAUACUAGAGAUAGUCCUUACAAAUGUGAGUUAUGUGACAAAUCCUUUCCCUUGAACUCAACCCUUAGAAAUCAUCAGAAAAUUCAUACUGGAGAGAAACUCUACAAAUGUAAGGAAUGUGACAAGUCCUUUACCCAGGCCUCACGUCUUAGAACACAUCAGAGAGUUCAUACUGGGGAGAAACCUUACAAAUGUAUGGAAUGUGACAAAUCCUUUACCCAGGAAUCAACCCUUAGAAGACAUCAGAGAGUUCAUACUGGAGAGAGACCUUAUAGUUGUAAGGAAUGUCACAAAUCUUUUACAAGGUGCUCCUACCUCUUAGCACAUCAGAAAAUUCAUACUGGAGAAAAACAUACCAUUGUAAAUAAAGUGUCAUAGCAUUUUUCCAGUAUUCUCUGCUUUCAAAUCACAACAGUAAACAACUUGGAUACAUAAAGAUCAGAAACUUGUAAAAGUCUUUAAUGAAGGUUUACAUUUUUAAAAAUAUCCUAGAGUUUAUAUUUAAAUAAAAUU